UUCCAUGCUGAGGAAUAAUGAUAUUACAUUAUUGCUGAACUUUAAAGUAUGUUUGUAAAACAUACAGUCUUUGCAAGAGGUAAAGUGAAGCAAGUAGGCAGGAAUUAGAUCUGGAAUUACCUUUAGGCCAGGCCAAGGAGUUUUUAUUUUACUCUGUAUUGGUGAUAGUCAUUGCAGAAUUUUGAACUGAUAUAUAUAUAUGAUGUCAUCAGGUUUGUUUGUUUAUUUGUUUGUUUGUUUUAGAGAGAUUAUUCUAGCAGCCACGAGUGAGAUGGAUUGGGGAUAUUGAGACGGAAACAAAGAGAACAGUUAGAAGGCUACUAUGAUAUUUAAGGAAAAGAUUGAUAAAUGUUUGAACCACCCGAGUGGUAGUAUGCAUAGAGGAAAAUUACCAUAGUGAAAUCAUCAGGACUUGUUGACUGGCAUGAUAUAGGUAGUCAGGGAGAGGACUGAGUCAAGGAUGACCAUACCUGUUCCAAUUGAGGCACCUGGGUGGAUGCCACUGGAUGGUGCCACUCAUUGAAGCGAAUCCUGGCAUAAACACCUAGUAGGUCAGACUGAUUUACACCUCCAUCAUCCCCAUGGGAGGAGGUUUAGGUGGUUUUGUAAAAGAACACAGAAAGCAGAUCCCUUCCUUUGAGACCAGAAUGUUGGCUGCUGGCCUCACCAUGGCCAAAGGAUACUCCUGAGGAUCAAGGGUUUGGAAAAAAAUAUAGGGAGGUUAAGAAACCCAGGUUUUGCCACUGGUUUUGGCAUCCACUGGAAACCUAGGUGAGGAUUCGAAUGAGUUCAGAAUUAAGUCCAGAUCAGACAUAUGAAUUUUUCUCUUUGUGCUCUGGUGUGUUUGCCACUCAGGUUACAGUUUGCAGGUAACUGCAGUGUGAAAUGAGCUGUGUUUCUGUGUUUGUGCAAGGUGGUAGCCAGGCUCCUGGGAGGGUCUGGAUCAGGGUCUGGGUGGAGUAACAUCAAGUCUCCAGCUCCAAGAGGCCCCCUGGGGGGCUAAGUGAAAAGCUUGCUCUUUUGAAACCGCCUCUGUUGGUAAUUAACAACAUAUCAGGCAUACCGUGGUGUCAAAUAAAGGGGAUUUGUAGGCACAGUGCUGUUGGUAGCUUGAUCUCAAUCAUUCACGGGCGCUAUUAAACCUGUGAACGUUAGCAUUCUGCCAGGUAAUGAGGUCUAGUCCUUAGCACCUCCCAGACACAACUGAUUCUUCACUGAUUUGGAGCAUCUCCCAUUCCUGGCUUCCUCCACUCUGCUUCAUCUCCUUCCAUACUGUCCUUGAAAUCAGUGAAUGGUAAUUUAGUAUAUCACUAGCGAGCAUCUGAAUAAAAGAGGUUUGGUUUCCGCCGCGCCUCCUGUUACAACAAAAAUGUGUACUGCAUGAAUUUAAUUGGCUACAUUAAUGUGUGAGCCUUUUUGCAAAGAGAUGGAUACGUUUCUGAAUAAUCUGAGAGAGGCAGAGUUUUCUGUAUAUGGCAGUGCUUCUAAUUAGCUGUUGCUCUAAUACAAUUGGACAGAGCGGAAGCUACUCAUUUAGAAUAUUGGUGGAUGACAGCCCUGGCUGGAACAAAGUGACCAGUCGCGAAUGGCUACUCCUCUCUGGGCGGCAGGUUGCUAAGGCUCUGGCUGUCGCUGUUUUCCCCGCGGAAAAGGGGCGGGGAAAGUUGGUGUGUUCGAGGGGAAAAAAAACAACACAUAUAUGUUGUCUGCCUCUCCACAGAGGUAAUAAUAACCCGUGGAAAGAAAUGCUGUUGAGCGGGAGGAAGGCGAAAAGAUGGGUGUUUUUUGUUUUGGGGGGUGUGUGUGUGUUUUUCUCCAAUGCUGCGACGCAUUAACCCUGCUGCUGUUGGGAUGUUCUCUGCCCAGCCUAUUGGCUGAGCCCGGGAGCCGCUGCCUGCCAAUCGGGUGGCAGAAGGCAGACAAAUCUACCCCGCCACCAGCAAAAAACGGCGCGUAACCCUUGCGGCGCCGGCCCAGCCGCGCCAGAGCUGGCGCGGGCGAGGGGAGGCAGGUGUCUCCAGCUGCUGUGGCCGCUCGGGGCGGGUCGGCUGCUGCUGCUUCUCGGGACCAGGUAGAGAACUGGCAGGCGGCAGCGAUGCUCCCCAAGGUGAGAAGCUGGGCAGAAAUCUGCCCGGGGGCUACCCUUUUGUUCCUCUUUUGCUACCCGGGCUACGUUUGUGGGCAGAUCCGCUACCCGGUCCCAGAGGAGUCACAGGAGGGGACUUUUGUGGGGAAUGUCGCCCAAGAUUUCCUGCUGGAUACAGAGAGUCUGUCCGCUCGCAGGCUGCAGGUAGCCGGAGAGGUGAACCAAAGACACUUCCGUGUGGAUUUGGACAGCGGAGCCCUGCUCAUCAAGAAUCCAAUUGAUCGAGAGGCACUGUGCGGGCUCAGUGCCAACUGCAUCGUGCCCCUGGAGUUUGUAACCGAAGGGCCUUUGGAAAUGUACCGAGCGGAGGUAGAAAUCGUGGAUGUGAAUGAUCACGCCCCCCGAUUUCCUCGGCAGCAGCUGGACUUGGAAAUUGGGGAGGCAGCUCCUCCAGGACAGCGGUUUCCCUUGGAAAAGGCUCAGGAUGCAGAUGUGGGGAGCAACUCCAUCAGCAGCUAUAGACUAAGCUCCAAUGAGCACUUUGCACUGGAUGUCAAGAAACGCAGCGACGGCAGCCUGGUCCCGGAGCUGCUCCUGGAGAAGCCUUUGGAUCGGGAGAAACAAUCAGACUACCGCCUGGUGCUGACUGCUGUGGAUGGAGGUAACCCUCCAAGAUCUGGCACCGCGGAGCUCCGGGUAUCGGUGCUGGACGUGAACGACAACGCCCCAGCCUUCCAGCAAUCCAGCUACAGGAUCAGCGUGCUGGAGAGCGCGCCCGCCGGCAUGCUGCUCAUCCAGCUCAACGCCUCUGACCCGGACCUGGGUCCCAGUGGUAAUGUCACCUUUUCUUUCAGUGGUCACACCCCUGAUCGUGUGAGAAACCUCUUUAGCCUGCACCCCACUACUGGAAAGCUUACCCUUCAGGGGCCCCUAGACUUUGAGAAUGAGAAUUACUAUGAAUUUGAUGUUCGGGCUCGUGAUGGGGGUUCUCCAGCCAUGGAGCAACAUUGCAGCCUUCGAGUGGAUCUCCUGGAUGUAAAUGACAACGCCCCCCACAUCACGGUGACCUCAGAGCUUGGGACUCUCCCAGAGAGCGCAGAGCCUGGCACUGUGGUGGCACUCAUCAGUGUGCAGGACCCCGACUCGGGGUCCAAUGGAGACGUGAGCCUCCGUAUUCCUGACCACUUGCCAUUUGCCCUCAAGUCGGCCUUCAGGAACCAGUUCUCCCUGGUGACGGCUGGGCCCUUGGACAGAGAGGCCAAAUCCAGCUAUGACAUCAUGGUUACUGCUUCUGACGCUGGGAACCCUCCUCUGAGUACCCAAAGGACUAUUUUCCUCAACAUUUCAGAUGUGAACGAUAACCCGCCUUCUUUCUUCCAGAGGUCACACGAGGUGUUUGUUCCUGAGAACAACCGCCCAGGAGACCUGCUUUGCUCCCUUGCAGCCUCUGAUCCAGACUCUGGCUUGAAUGCACUCAUCUCCUACUCUCUCCUAGAGCCCAGAAAUCGAGACGUGUCAGCUUCCUCUUUCAUCUCUCUGAACCCCCAGACGGGAGCCGUUCAUGCGACUCGUUCCUUUGACUAUGAGCAAACACAGACACUGCAGUUUGAGGUGCAGGCCCGGGAUCGGGGCAACCCACCCCUUAGUAGCACCGUGACAGUUCGUCUAUUCGUGCUGGACCUCAACGACAAUGCCCCAGCUGUGCUCCGCCCUAGGGCCCGGCCGGGUUCCUUAUGCCCCCAAGCACUGCCUCCAUCAGUGGGUGCUGGUCACCUAGUCACAAAGGUGACUGCUGUGGACUUGGAUUCAGGUUACAAUGCUUGGGUUUCAUAUCAGCUCCUGGAGGCCCCAGACCCCAGCCUGUUUGCAGUCUCUCGCUAUGCUGGGGAGGUGCGGACAGCUGUUCCCAUUCCAGCUGAUCUCCCACCACAGAAGCUGGUCAUUGUGGUAAAGGAUAGUGGGACCCCACCGCUUUCUACCUCUGUUACUCUCUUAGUGUCCUUGGAGGAAGACGCUCAUCCAGUUGUCCCUGAUCUUCGAGAAUCUUCAGCUCCGAGGGAAGGAGAAUCCCGCCUGACCCUCUACUUGGCUGUAUCACUAGUGGCAAUUUGCUUUGUCUCCUUUGGCUCCUUUGUGGCACUGCUCUCUAAGUGUCUGCGUGGGGCUGCCUGUGGAGUGACCUGCUUUCCUGCUGGCACCUGUGCAUGUCUCACCCGCUCUCGAAGGAGGGAGGGGCUUCCUCCUUCCAAUGGGAUCCUCCGAAUCCAGCUAGGGUCAGAUGAUCCUAUCAAGUUUGUUGAUGUGGGCGGCCACUCUCAUGGCUGUACACCCUUGGCUUCUGCACCCACUCGGAGCGAUAGCUUCAUGAUGGUGAAGUCGCCCAGUGCGCCUAUGGCAGGGGAGCCUGUUCGCCCAAGCUGCCCACCCUCUGAUCUUCUCUAUGGGCUAGAGCAAGCCCCACCCAACACGGACUGGCGUUUCUCUCAGGCCCAGAGACCCGGCACCAGCGGCUCCCAAAAUGGCGAUGAAACCGGCACCUGGCCCAACAACCAGUUUGACACAGAGAUGCUGCAAGCCAUGAUCUUGGCCUCGGCCAGCGAAGCCGCUGACGGGAGCUCCACCCUGGGAGGGGGCGCUGGCACCAUGGGCUUGAGUGCCCGCUACGGGCCCCAGUUUACCCUGCAGCACGUGCCUGACUACCGCCAGAACGUCUACAUCCCGGGCAGCAAUGCCACACUGACCAACGCCGCGGGCAAACGGGAUGGCAAGGCUCCGGCAGGUGGCAACGGCAAUAAGAAGAAGUCUGGCAAGAAGGAGAAGAAGUAACGCGGGGGCCGGGCCGGAGCCACAGCCGCAGGGCCGCCUCCCCCAACCAGCCCAGCCUCCCCCUACCUGGACCCAGGACGGGGUUUUCAGGGCUCGCUCCCAGGAUCCUGGUGGGGCCCAGGCCAUGCUCCCCUUGGGAAACAAACAAGUGCCCAGUCAACAGCCCCUUCUCUGCUCCAGGGGAUUGAAUAUGCAAAGGGAGUUCUGCUGGGAACCCCCAUCCAAUCAAUUGCCGUGCCCGUGGGGGUGGUGGGGUCAGUGCAGACACCAUUUAUCACACCUGCUUUAGUUGUAGCUGAGCUCCUCCAUCUUCCAAAUCCAGUCAGGCCCACCCGUCCCCUGCCUCCCUCCUACCUAUUCACCCCACCCCACUCCUUCAACAGCUCCUUUUCCUUGAGUAGGGUGGUUGGGGUGUUGAGGUACCUGGUGACCUAAAAAGGCUCAUAGUUCUGAAGAGUUGAAAGGCCAUCAUGGCCACUUGGCCUCUCCAAUUCUCAGAUCUCCCCCAAAGCAUGGUUUGGUGCCAGUCCCUUCACCUCCUUCCAGACCCUGAGACCAAGCUCAAGUUUUGGGAGACAUAGUCACCAUUCCAUGGUACCGAUGCUUGCUGGAUUUAGGGAGGGCACUUUGCUACUGUGCCUCUUCCCAAUGCUCUAGGGACCAGUGCUUUGUGUUGUUUCGUUUCUCAUUGUUUGAUGUUUCCACUGCAUGCUGCGACUGCCCUCCCCAAACAAGAGACUCCGUUGCAUGUUCCGAGACAGUAUCCAGUGGUAAGAUAAAGAAGGGAAGGGUGCAUAUGUGGAUGGGGGGUGGACAAACCCUGACCCAUCAGUUAACAGGGUCUUGCAGGAGGCUCUGUAUGUCCCCAGGGUACUGAACAGAUCCCCAUAUUCCAGCCAUAAACCAAGCUCCAGGUUGGACCCUCAUCUACCACAUGCAGGGCUCCACCCAAGCAGCCAGCUUUGGGCUGAGUUAGCAGCACCAACGGAUUUAAACCGACCUUACAGUCCAAGGAAGGUUUGAACAGGUUUGGGACUGGGUUCCCUGGAGAGGUCAGAGGGGCCUCUGUGGGUGCUGGGUACUCCAGAGGUGCCACUAGCGGAAAGGGAGGUGCCCCCAGCAGGAAGGGAGGGCCAUUGUUGGUCCCUGGGUUGGGGAGGCAAGGGGCUAGAGCAGGGACCAAGUGGACAGAAAGUCGCAGCCCAGGAUCAGGCUUCUCCACGGGGCCCCUGCAUUUCCCAAGCCUCGGUCCUUCACCUUGACAGGUGCCAUUUCUUCUCUGUGAAGGCCACUGCCCAGGUCCUCAGUCCGCCCCCUAGUGGCCAGAGCCUGGUUAAAGUCCCCAGUGCCUCCUUGUGCAUAAACCUUCCUCUGCCUACCCACUUCUGUCCCCCCCCGAGUCCCGUUCAUCCAGCGGGGCUGCGCGAGAACCCCACCCUAGUCCUUAGAGUAGUGUAGAGACCCCCUCCCUCUUUUGGCUGGUGUAGAAUAAAUAGCCAAUAGUGUAGUGCGGUGUGCUUUUCCGUGAUGGCGAGUGGGCAGCGGGCGGCGGGCUCCGCGCAGCCGUCUGUCCUUGAAUCUGCCUGCGGUGGCCCGUGCUGUGUUUCGUGCUGUGUCCACGCACUGCGGCGACCCCCUCCCCGGUACUGACUCCUAUAAGCGCUUCUCUUUGCAUAGUCACGUAGCUCCCCACCCCUUUCCUGUGUCUCACGCAAGUUUUAUACUCUAAUAUUUAUAUGGCUUUUUUUCUUUGAAAAAAAUAAUAAAAAGGUUUCUUCUGAAA